GACAACUGGAAUGCGGAUCCCCACGUGAUUGUACGGCUUCGGCAGCCGGGAUUGGGCAGCUUUUAUGCUUUUGGAGCGCGCCGUGCACUUCUCCUCCUCCCCCCACGGUCGACACAUACUACGCCCCGAGCAGAGCGCCUUUUACGUCGCCGCCGUCGCCUCUGCGAGAUAAUUGUCGGCGGGUCGCGUGCCGUGGCAAUUGCCGAACCCAAGGAUCUCACGCCGCGCAGUCGGCUGACCUCCUGAGCAACACGUAAAAGCUGUAACGACAACCCAAGCUCCUCGGUCGCCAACGCCCACCAACGGUUCCUCACCAGCCGUCGCCACUCUUUUCCUCGACGGUGAAGUUGCAGGAUGCCCUCGGGAUCGCCACUACCUUCUCCGAUGGCCUUCGUUCGUUCCUCCACAUCUUCCAAGUCCCUCUUCAGGAAGAAGAGCGCGCAGUCCCUCCCCUCGUCCGCGGCGAGCUUGUUGUCGGCUGUCUCACAGGCCGACGCACAAGCACGCGCCGCGGGGAGGCCAGCAAGCACGACCAGCACGGUCCCCGCGCUCACCAUGUCCUCAGGAGCGUCGUUCUCGUCCGCGGGAACGGCUAUGGAUGUCGACGACAACGAAGACGGCCUGGCGUACCCGAUCCGCUCCCCUCCUACUUCGGAGCAGGUGUUCACGACCGCACACACUGAGUUCGGUCACUGCGCCAACGAGGAGUACCGCUCCGCAUCCGCUCACGAUGAGUCCGUACACGGCGUCCCCGAGAUGGAUCCUCCCUACUUCAUCCUCAUGACCACCUACAUCUCGUACCUCCUGCUCAUCGUCCUCGGUCACGUACGUGACUUCUUCGGCAAGCGUUUCUACCCCAAGUCCUACGAGCAUCUCGUACCCGUCAACGGCUACGCGCCGCUCACGUCGGAUUUCGACUCUUUUUACACGCGCCGUCUGAAGACGCGUCUGCUCGAAUGCUUCACCCAGCCGGUCACUGGCGUCGCCGGACGCACGAUCAAGUUCAUCGACCGCUACUCCACCGACUGGAAUGAGACCAUGAUCCACCCCGGCACGACUACCCGCACACUCAACAUCUCGUCCUACAACUACCUUGGCUUUGCUCAGUCCCUUGGUGGCUGCGCUGACGCUGUCGAGGAGUCCCUUCGUCGGUACGGCAUCGCUUCCUGCGGUACGCGCAUGGAGGGCGGCUCCAGCGAGCUGCACAACCAGGCGGAGGCCCUCGUUGCCCGCUUCGUGGGCAUGGAAGACUCUGUCCUCUCUUCAAUGGGCUUCGCGACCAAUUCUGGCCUGAUUCCGGCGCUCGUCGGCAAAGGCUGCCUAGUUAUCUCGGACGAACUCAAUCACGCAUCCAUCCGCUUCGGUGUCCGCCUCAGCGGCGCCCACGUUCGCAUGUUCAAGCAUAACGACAUGAACGCCCUGGAGAAGCUCCUUCGUGAGGUUAUCAGCCAGGGUCACCCGAAGACGCAUCGUCCCUGGAAGAAGAUCCUGGUCAUCGUCGAGGGUCUGUACAGUAUGGAGGGCGACAUGGUGAAGCUACCGACUCUGAUUGAGCUCAAGAAGCGCUACAAGUUCAACCUUUUCGUUGAUGAGGCACACUCCGUCGGUGCCCUCGGUCCUCACGGCCGUGGCGUUUGCGACUACUUCAACAUCAACCCCCGUGAAGUCGACAUCCUGAUGGGCACGUUUACGAAGUCCUUCGGCGCUGCUGGUGGCUACAUUGCCGCCAACAAGCCCAUCAUCGAUAGCAUUCGUCAGCAUGGCCACCUGGGCACGUACGCCGAGUCCGUCGCGCCGCCCGUCCUGAUGCAGGUCAUUGCCAGCAUGGCCAGCAUCAUGGGUGUUGCACCUCCCGUCCACAGCCCCUCCCCUUCGCGUGGCGCCGUCGCCAAGAUCCCCCAGGACGACGGCUACCAGCACCCCGGCCCCAUUUCCCCUGCCAUUCUCCCGUCCUGGCUUUCCCUCCCGCCCGCGCUCGCCUCCGGCGUCGAAGGCCAGGACCGUAUCCGCCGCCUUGCCUUCAACUCGCGCUACCUGACCGUCGGCCUGCACCUGCUCGGCUUCAUCACGUACGGGCACCCGUUCUCGCCCGUCGUGCCGCUCCUGCUCUUCCACCCCGGCAAGAUGCUGCUGUUCCAUCGCAUGAUGCUGUCGCGGAAGACGCCGAUCUGCACCGUCGUCGUCGCGUACCCGGCCACGGACCUCGUGACGUCGCGCGUGCGCUUCUGCGUGAGCGCGGCGCACACGAAGGAGGAUAUCGAUACCGUGCUCGUCGCGUGCGAUGAGAUUGGCGACUGGCUGAGCUUGAAGCAGGGGAUUCCGAAGUCGGAGCGGCUGCCGGUGAAGGAGAUCAUGGAGCGCGCAACGGAGUUGGUGAAUGAAUACAGGUUCGACGAACACUAGAUGGUCUUUCAUUGAACACUGGGUGCACUGUCAAGUGUGCUUGUAGGGUUGUAGGGCCUUGUCAGGCGCGGGGCGCUGGCUUGCGAUUUAUAGAUCUUACUCUAAGAAAGAGGUGUCGUCGAGAUGCUUUGUUCGUAUAUACCCUCGCGAUUAAUUGCAAACAACUACCGUGCACUUCUUGUGCAUGGCCCACAAUCG